GUUACCCAUGCCUUUAAAAAUUACAUAACCUAGAACUGGACCCAAGAAGAGAAGAAAAGCCUCAUGGAACCUGUCCAGCCACAGCACCUUUCAUGGUGACAUCAUCAGCAGCACCCCUGCAGCUGGCCCACAGCUCCCUAGCAACCCCACACUUCACACCCAAACUUUCAAGGCAAAAGCAAGUAUCUGAUGCCCAUGAAGCUCGGCCUGCCACUGAGUAGGGAAGAGUCGAUGGAGAUUGACUUCCCACUCGUUGUCGAGGAGCCCAUGGAGGUCGACCUGCCCCUGAGCGAUGAGGAGCCCAUGGAGGUCGACCUGCCCCUGAGCGAUGAGGAGCCCAUGGAGGUCGACUCAUCGCUCAGUGGCGAGGAGCCCAUGGAGGUCGACCCGCCAUCACUGCCAGCAAGCCCAGGGUACCUCCAGGCUCACCCCGUCGCAGCACCACCUGGGGCUCUGCCAGUCAUCUUCAGAGCCAGCUUCCAGUAAGAGGCACCAGAUCACCAGCAUCCGGCAGUGAAGACAGCAGCACCCUCAC